GGUACUACAUGUGGGAUUGAACCUACAACUGUUGGGUCCAAAGGCAGCGGCUCUAACCCUACAUUACCAGAUGCUCCCUAUUAUAAUGAUACACGUAAUGAUUAUUUCCCGAGUGGAGUUUCCGCAGUCGGUGGGAAACAAUGUCGCGUUUUCAAAGAGAUACGAUCACAGCACUUAAUUGAUCCACUUCCCGCAAAAUCAUUGUUCGUUACCAGUUUUUCUGGAAAGAAUCAGUCCAGGUCCCUUUGCAAAUGUGACUUAUGGACACCAUGAGUAACAGUUAGGAAAGCGUGAUGACCCGCUCCUCAGAGAAACGUGGGGGAAACACGCGUGUUGUAAGUACGCAUUACAGCACCUUUCCUGUUUUUUCAUUCGCUCCUUUUUUAGAGAUUUGAGUAACAAGAGACACGUUUUAGUCUCUAAUCCUAAAGUUUCCAAUUACUGUAAUUUACAGGAUCGACUCGUGAAAAUGAGUAAAAUGAGGUCAGGAUAAUCGAGCGGAAAGUUUUUUGAUAACACUCAGUGUUACACUCUGGUGAAGUUUCCCGAUGGGGGUUGGUCUUCGAGCGUGUAACGGGCACACAGUUACAGUACAAAUGCAGAAGUUACAAAAAAUAAUAAGAAAAAAAUAAAAACGGCAGUGCUGCUCCGGUGACAACGCGAUGACCCUACAAAACUCUCCUCCCACCGAGGGAGGCAAUGGAGGCGCACGAGCCCCUCCGCUGAAGCAUCCCGCCAACGGGAACAGGAACUCGAGCCGCGCGCCUCUCCUGGCUCUCGAACAUGUCUCGUGGCUGCUGCUCCAGCACGCAGAGCCGCAGGGGCGACGAGGACCUUUAGAGCGGCUCGGAAAAGGAGCACAUCUCUUGGGCGAGGUUUGCUCACCGCCGUGUAAUAGGAGCCGCCGAGUCGCCUCGUCACGCACAGAGGAAGAUGGCGGAGUUCUCCCCGGUGCUGCCGACGCGGGAUGGAGGCGGCCGGCUGGGGCAGCCCGUGUUCCCGCGCUCCCGCUCCGGCUCCGAAUCCGAGAGCGAGCUGUCGCAGAGCCUGGCCCGGACCAAGACUCGCUCGUACGGCAGCACGGCGAGCGUGGCGGCGCCGCUGGGCGAGAAGUACGUCGAGCACCGAGUGACGGCGAGCGACACCCUGCAGGGCAUCGCGCUCAAGUACGGAGUGACGAUGGAGCAGAUAAAAAGAGCAAACAAACUCUUCAGCAAUGACUGUAUAUUCUUAAGGGCCACUCUGAACAUUCCGGUUCCCUCGGAAAAGUCAUCGCUCUUCAACGGACUGACGCUCGAGUCUCCGGAGAGUGAAGGCAGCGAAGCCUGUACGCCCCAGGAAAGGCCCGUCGUGACCCUGGAUGGAGAGGACAUCUCCUCUUCCCCGUCAUCCCCUACUCCAAGUCCUCAGGAGUCCAAAAGCCAACCUGUUCAGCCAGAGGAGCUUUCGGCCAAGGACUACUUGCACAGACUGGACUUGCAAAUUAAAAUGUCAAAACAAGCUGCUAGGAGACUGAAGGAGGAGGACAGCAGAGUCAGCGAAGGAGCCGAUUCACAUCCAGCAUCAUCUUACCAGGAAAUAUGAAAAAGACGAGGGGUGUUCUGUUUUCCUUGAGAUGCUGUUGUGAAGCAAUGACAGUGGCACACCUUUUUUGUGUUUGGCUUUCUUUUUUAUAUUCUUUUGCGAAAUUAUCAAACAGGAUUUCAGUGUAUGUCCAUCAUUUGCACUGAUGCCAUCUUUUGCCUUUUAUUAUUGUUAUGGCUGGUGAUGUUUCUUUUGAGGUCCAACAUUGUAUAUGCGUGUGUGCAAUUUACACAUCCAGAGUAUUGCAGUCUCAUUACAUGGUUCUUAAGCUGCUGUACAUUUAAUUUCCUUGAAACAUGCAGGAACUUUAAGUCAGGAAACAUAUUAGCACUUUAGAGUGGCUGUCAAUGUGCAAACCAUUUGAAGUCCUUUCCAAGUGAAGUUGUUCUGCAUAUGUAGACAUCUGUAGUAACUGCAACUGUUUUUUGUACUAAAUCUAAACAGUUCACUAGGAGCUUUGAAUGUGUUAAAGCCUGAUUUUAAUUUGCCUGUUCAAAGCUGAUUUUAUUAAAGGGAUAAUGAUGUUUUAAUGUAUGGAUGUGUUUUUGUGCGACUAUUUAAACCUUAAUUGCUUUGUUUUACUGUGCUGUUUUUUGGUUUUGAAGACAAAUAAAAUGUUAAAAACCCAUUUAUGUUGUUUUCACUGCCAACCAACUCUCUAAUUUGUCAUUAAGCUGUUACACAUUUUUGUUUAGAAAGGAAACAACUGUGCAAUAUUUGAUAAUGAAGUAAACACUGUUAUCCCUGCCUUUGUGGUUUACACCCCACUCCCCCACCUACUGCUGUCCAUUUUCUGGGCACGUCUGCAUUUCCUUGGGUCACACAAUCAGUUCAACACACCACCACAUUACCUAUUUUGACAGUAGUUAGUAGUUCACAGUAGUAUUUUACCAUGUUGGUCAUAUCCAAAGCUCUGCCGUAGUGUUUGCACCCAUGCAUUGCCCUCAUAUGAGUAAAAGAACAUACAAAAUCUUGUUUCACUAGAGUCCUUCUACUAUACCAUCAUACACAGCCUGUUGCAGCCAAGAACUACAAAUGUUUGUCUUCAUAUACAUGUAUAAUUUAUAUUUCUGUAAUUCACAGUGUAGUUAGUAUCAGUACUCGGUACCCCAACACUUAACUGCAGUAUGUUAAAUAUGCAAUUUCUCUGCAUUUCAAGCUCUGGACAAAAUACAGUUUGUUAUAAUGCAUUUCUAUGUUCUGUACAAAUAUAAAAAAAAUCAAAAUGUUUUGAGUAAUUAAAGACUAAUACGUAUAAUCUGUGGCAAAAUUCAAACUGGUGGGGUUCAUGGUUUCUGCAUAACGCUGGGAUAAUUGUGUGUUGAGAUCUGAGAAUACGACUAAUCUCCCGCAAUCAUGGCAUUAAUAUUUUAUGAUUGUGUUUUGGCAGUCCAUUGGUAAUUGGUUUUUAACCAUUUUCAUUUGGUAGACGUAAUCAUCGCACAACAGUUAAUAGUGGCAGUAAUGGCCAGUGUGGCUGAAUACACAUUCCUUUUUGAAAGCUAGUUAGCUAUGUAAUAAAUUAUACUAUAAAGUAUAUGUAUAUGCAAAAUAAUGUUGCAGUCAAUAUUAGUGUAAUGCAUGUUGUGUAUAAUUAGACAUUAUAUAUUAGGUGUUAUUCCCUAACUAUCCACCCAAAAGCAUUAAAUUCUUUGUCUAUUGCAUUUUAAAUAGUAUUGUUGCUUCUAGGAGCUUUAAUGGCAACAAACUACAGAAAUAAAGAAAGGCAAUGCUUUAAUUGCUUAUACAUUCUGAAAAAAAAUCACAAAUAUUUACAUUUGGAAAUGCUUUGUUUUGUGUCUUAGCACUUCCGAUUCCUAGCGCUCUGUUGACAUUAGUGUAUAAUGACAAAGUAGAGAGUAAAUAAAGCCACCUGCACUUUUUCUUGACUGAGUCAGGUGUUGGGGGGGGGGGGGGCUAAAACUAGGAAUGACACUGGAACUGUAAAGAAUUUCUUUUGGCAAAAUCCAAAGCUAUAGUACAGCAUGUUUUACACAUACACAAAAAGGAACAGCUAUAAUGACAUCCUCUAGAACAGGCGACUUGCAAUGGGUGAUAUUUUGAUAUGCUAUUUUAGCAAAAUCUACAACGCAGCUGGGUACGAGGCAGACUAGGUGGGGCCACUAUCCUCGAAUGAAGCCGUCUGCAAUGCUUUCCACUUCCACAUUGUUGUGGCAGGCAUCUAAGUGCCGUAACUCUUCUCAUUUAUUUUUAAAGAGCCAGUCCAUGUGCCGGAAAUAGCAUUGCAGUAAUUUCCAUUCCCUUGUGCGUGGGUCGCAUACUACAGCUUCGCGCUAGUGACACAG